GCGACUGUUUUUAUGAUUGGUAAUUUUUGGAUCAGUAUAUUAUAUACCUUAAAACCCGAAUGUUUGCAUCAAACACGACAAAGUUACCGCGAUAUCAACUAAAUGUUGCCGUACAAGAUCACAACUUGGAAAAUAUGUUGUCAAAAUCUCGAAGGAGAUUUCGGCGUCGGUGUUUGAUUUUAUUUGUCUUGAGUUUGACAGGAUUUCUCAUUUUUGUAACAUUAUCGUCGCACUCACAUUUUUGUCAAAGCAUAAUUUCGUCGACCACUGGAAAAGGCCACUUUAGGAUUUUUGAUCGUUUCGGCUCAAUUUCAUGGUAUGCAAGUAACUCAGAAAGUGAUCAUCCACCUGGUAUAAUGAACGAUGUAAAAUAUAAGGGAACAAAAAAGUUGCCGUCUGCGUUGAUCAUCGGCGCUAAAAAAGCUGGUACGCGGGCUUUACUGGAGUUUAUACGGGUGCACCCGAAUGUUCGUGCCGCGGGGUCCGAGAUACAUUACUUCGAUAAGAAUUUUUCAGAGGGAUUGGACUGGUACAGAGACAUGAUGCCUACCUCAAUAAAGAGUCAAAUCACCAUAGAAAAAACACCAAGUUAUCUUGUCACUCCUGAGGCUCCUAAACGUGUUUACGAUAUGAAUCCAUCAAUGAAAUUGAUAGUAGUAUUGAAAGAUCCUGUCGAUCGAGCCGUAUCAGAUUUUACACAAUCGUUCAUGAAGCAUCGAAGGCGUCACUCAUUUGAAGAUUCAGUUUUUAUGGAGGCCAAUCAUACACUGAUCGUAAACAGUUCAAAACCAAAUAUUAAAACAGGAUUAUAUAGCAAACAUUUAAAAAUGUGGCUGGAAUAUUUUCCUCUGCGGCAGUUUUGCUUCAUAAAUGGUGAAACUAUGGUUACUCAACCUGCAGUUGAAAUGAAAAAAUUACAAGACUUUCUUGAAAUCAAGCAAGUUAUCAAUGAAGAGCAUUUUUAUUUUAAUUCAUCAAAAGGGUUUCCUUGUUUGAAAAAGCGAGAGGCAAGUGGGACACCACAUUGCUUGGGUAUAAAGAAGGGACGACCCCAUCCUGUUAUACCAACACGAGCAUCAUCAAUGUUAUAUGAUUUUUAUAGACCUUCCAAUACAGAGCUUUAUAAAAUGACUGGCAUUAAUUUUAACUGGGAAAAAAAUGAACCAGUUUUGUACAAAGAAAACAGGUGAAAAGUCUUUCAUAUAUACAUGGCGCUCCUUUUUUUUUAUAUUCACGGAAGCAUGACUCACAGAUAAUCUAGGUGAUAUUCCAUUCUGUUUAUUGUUAUCUAGUCAGGCCAAGUAUGAAGUAUCCUUGCAUGUUGAGUCAAUUCUGAACCAAUUUUUCACAGCCCAUUUUUGAGUAUUAUAUUGGAAUUUAAUCCAAGUUUUAUUGUGUAUUAUGAAUGUUCUUCCGAAUCUUCAAAUAAAAAUACUGUUAGUUUAUUAACGAUGUGCUUCUGCUAAUUAUUUUACCCACGAAUUGAAUGCAUUAUUUCCUACUGGGACCAGUUGCAGAUUCAUUGUGCAUAAAAUUAAACAGGGCCAAGGAUUUUGGCUUAUUAUAUGAGCAAUUCAUACUUGAUCGACACUUAUCUGAUAGUAAAUUUACAGACUGGAAUUUGCCCUAAAUUUUAAUUAUAAUGGGUAGUAGUGCUCUAAGAUAGGAUCUAACGAUUACACCUAGAUUUUUUCAUCAUUUAUAAGAAACAACGAAAACCUCAUUUAUGUUUUUCUAAUAUAAUAUACUUUGUAUAAUAUUGCAGCGUUAUAGCUGUAAAUUGAAAAUAACAAUGUUAUGCAAUUGUUCCAAAGUGACCUAUUAUAUCUUCAUUUCAUUUUUAUGUAUGUCAACUUGUAUUUGCCUUUCAAGUUCUGUCUAAUUCGUUCAAACCUUUUAUCGUUAUUCUUUGAUACAUUUUAUAUAUGGUGUAUCAUUAUUUCAUGUGUGGAGAAAGAAUGGUAUAUAUGUUAGUUAGUUUUUCUAUGCCAAACGUGUGGCCAUUGUUAGCAGUAAUUGACUCCAUGUCUGGCAUUCCCCAUACCUGUUAAUGAAGGUGAUAUGCAACAGGUAAAUGGAAGAUAUAAUUGGGUUCCUUGAUUAUGUUUCCCACUUCUUAAGCAAGUCAAUAACAAUCUGCAAGAUUAGCUAAUUUUGUCAUGUAACUUUGGAGUUUAAAAGCUAAUCUGUGUAAGGUUAAAAUGCCACUUAAAAAACACGUUUGUGGAAUUUUUUUUAGAUGAAAUAAUCUGAAAUCGUAUUAUCAGGAUUAUUAUUGAGUUCUCUUUCAGGGAAUUGUAAGGUUCUGGUAAAGUAUAUCUCAUUAACUGCCUCUAUCCAUCACACUUGGUAAAUUAUAUUAAAUUUUUUUACCUGAAUUUUUGGGUUGUUACUAUAAGUCUCACUGCAGUAAUAUUUUUGCUUUUUUUCACGAUAGUGUUUGACUAUCUACCACAACCGAGUCAAAAAUUAAUUUCCAUUUUUUUGUCCUUGUUGUUAUCCAAACCAUGCCUGGUCAUCUAAUACCUCAAUCGUCUCACACACACCAUUGAGCUAUUUUUAGUCGAUCCCAGUCAUAUUAAAAUAAAUACAAGCCAUAUAUGUUAUCUUUAUAAUAUGUUGUAUUAAUUAAUUACAAUUUGGUGCUUCUUAUAUUAUUGGUUCAAUAUAUGAAAAAAAGUUAUGCAGAUACCGUCAGUACCUCAUCUCCCCAUUGCUAAAAUAUAUUUGUGGUUGCAAAUGAUAAAGCCUUCAUUAUAUCUAUAACUAGGUUUGAGGUAUAUUUUUCAUUGCAUAUUUUUGAUUUGUUGUAUCUUCAAUUCUUCAUAUAGUUUAAUGUGCCACCAUCAUUUUAUAAUCUGAAGCUCACAUUGUUAUAUAUGUGUAUGUGCUUUAUGUAUGUGCUUUUUCCUAAAGCAUCAUUUUUUAUUGAUGUUCACGAUUUGCCUGUAUGGCGUUCAUUUAUUCUCAAGAGCAAUCUUUUUUAUUGUUGUCCGUAUAGGUGUCAAAUUUAAUGGUGUUGAGAAAAUUUAAUUUUAGAAAAAUUCAAAUAAUAUUUAAAGGUGUUUUUAAGAAUCCAAAUGAUUAAAUGUACCAUCUUUUUUAAAAUAAUUAUCACAUUUUGCAAUUUUAUAUGGUAAAUUUACCAUGAAUUUGCUAGUAAUAGUAUGAAAUCCUAAUUAAUGACACAGAAUUCUAGAUAUGGGCCUCUUUACACAGGAUUCUGAAUCAAACACUAUCUUGCGAGGAUAUAGACGCCAUUCUUUUUCUUACACUAUUCAGCUUACAUAUAACUUUCGUCAAUUAAAAUUUGUGCCAAUAUAACAGCAUCUUGAAUAUUUUCUCAGGAACCUUUUCUAUUAUUAAUAUUUCAAAAAGUUGCCUUCAACAAAAUUUCACUGUCUGUCAAAUAAUUAUUCUUCAUUAUUUUAACAUCUCCGUCAUGCAUGGGGUGUAUAUAGAACAAAACUAUUCGUUCCUAUUUAUAAUUAGACCCAAGCAUGGACAGGUUUAUGUCUAUGAUAAUACUGAAGUGCUUCUGAAAAUUGCCUAAGUGAAAGUUUUAAUCAACUUUUUAUCAACUUUCUGUCAAUAUCUGACAGAAAUUCUGAUUCCUCGUUGAAAUAUUGUCUGACAUUUCUGUACCGCUACCCCAUUCAAUUUGGCGCUGUGCCCAGCUCUUUAUGCUUGUACUUCAGUAGGUUAAAAACGGUAAAACGAUCUUUCUAUAACCUAGUAUGAUUUUUGAUAUACCGUCAACUGCAGUAUGUAUUUUUUACAUUUGCCAGAAUUUCUUAUUUUUUAACGUUCUCCUGGGCCUAAAAUUUCGAAUGCGUUGUAUUUACCGACAGUAAUUGCAUGAACGAAUGAUUUACCAUAGUAUUUUAACUAAAAGGUUCUUCAUUAUAUAUUGGAUGAAAUAUCCCGAUAAAUGCAAUGCUUGUGUACACUGUACCUUACAAUAUGCCUGCGUUUAAGCAUGGAUUUUUAUUUCUGAUUCCCUAUUCGUCGUUAUAAGAUGGAUCGAAAUCAUAAUAUAGCAAAAAUACAUAUUUUCUGUAAAUUUCCAUUUUUUUUAUAAUUUUUUCUCAAACUUGAAUAUUACGGCAUGUUCUUUUUGCCAAAUGUUAUUUUGAAUUUCCGAAUUUUCUAUUUCAUAUUUCUUUAUGAUGACCACUUG